UGCAAAUUCAUCAAGCCAAUGUUUUUUAGUUAUAUCUUAAAAACAUUUCAUGCACCGGACGAUAAUUAGCCGAGAUGCCAAGUCAAUGCCUACGGCUGCUGAUACAUUAUUGACUUAUUGUCAUUCGCUAAGAUUAUGAUAACCUGUAAGAGCAAGAUUAAUGGAGGUUUUUAGAGUAGAGUUCUUAGCAGAAUAUAAGAAAUCGUCUUUUAACUUUUAACUAAAAAAAGUUAAGAACCAGUUUAUAUUCUGCUAAGAACUUCACUAUAAGACCCUUCAUUAAUCAUGCUCUAAGUAAUCAAGUCCCGUUCACAUGGUUUCUUAAGAUAAAAUAUUUUAAAUCAAAACUCUACUUAAUAAUAUUUAUUCUAGUUUUCUUUCUAAUAACUCCGACACUCCCUCUUUUCCAAUUGAUUUGAUUUUCCAAAUCUUUUCACCAGUGACCUGAAAAUUGUCCAAAUAAGAACAUGACAUCGUUAAAUCUUGUCAUGGAAGAGACUCUUUGUCUUUUUUUUGGCUCAUGAUAUUCGGUAAAUAACUUUUUUUCUCGUUCUCCUUUUCUCCACCCCUUUCCUUUUUCUUUUGUUUGAAUUAUCAGUGUUAGUUGAUUAGAAUCAAGUCAUCAACUAUAUGUUAAAAAUAGUGAAGAAACAAAAACUUGUUCAUCAGCUUGUGUUUGUCUCCGACACCUCCAAAUCAAUGCUCAAAUGUCUUUUUUCCCGUCAAAGUCGAUGGCUUUCAGUUUUACCUCCUAUAUACAGAAUCAUAUUCUUUGCAAUAAAUUUUUAACUUUCUUUUUUUUUAUAAUUUGUGUAAAUUAUAAAUAUCUUUUGUUUUUAUUUUAGUUAUAAAUAUCUUCAAGAAGAAAUUAACAUCGAGUCUUUUAUAUAAAAGUGACGUCAUAUUUAAAAAGACUGUAACCCCUUUGAUUUUUCAGUCUCAAGACUCAAUCAAUCCUCAAAGUUCGCAUUCACACACAGACAAAGUAAAAAAAUUCGUACCAUCUUUGCUUUUUCUUUUAUUUUCUUUAUUUUCCUCUUGCACUUUCCACGCAUUAAUACACCAAAGAAAAAACAUUUCCACAAAACAAUCUCACACAUCUCUCUCUACCAGUAAGAACACUCAUUUCUUGAUCUUUCAAGAGCUCAGUAAUUCUGUAUAACCUGAAUAAACUCUCUUUUGUUUUGUGUGUGUUCUUCUUGUAAUAUCAGCUCAUAAUCUUAUACUUAUAUAACAUGUGAUGCGAUCUCCUCACAUCAUCGUUUCACUUGUUCUCUUCGUCUUCUUUUCUCUAAUCCUCCAAACCCAUCAAAGAACCAUUGAUCAAACUCACCGGGAUGCCUCGCACGUCAAUGAUGUGGCGGUGACUUCGCCUGAAGGGAGAAGAAGAGAGAGCUUUAGGGUUCGGCGGCCGAUGACCACAUGGCGGAAGGGGAAGAUGCUCAAUGACAGUGAACAUGGAGUCCCAAGUGGUCCGAAUCCCAUCUCCAAUAGGUAGAACCGUAUACUAUACUGUAUAUUAUUAGAGAUAUUAUUGUAUGGAUAUUUUGCCUUGUAGUCUAGUAUAUCUUUUUGCUUAUGAGGUCACACGUACAAAAGUCAUCGAAAUCUUACAUGUUGUCUGUUAACUCAAAGUUUGGAAAUUCUAAUUUUGCAGGUGAUAUUGUUUUGUGGGAGUUACGUGGAAAAUAAUAUAUCUCACUGUAAUUUAAUUAA